CACGUAGAGAGCAGGUACAGAGGCCUGGCAUCUGGGACAAAAGGGGAAAGCUGAUGGUGUGAGGCUCUGGUGUCUGUGACAGAGGAGGAGGUGCAACGGAUACACUGACAAAGUAUGUAAAGUGAAGCCCGGGGGGCGAGUGCAAACUGGAAUACUCACUGGCUAAUCCCUUGAGUGGGCGGAGCUUGCAACUGGACAGAUAAGGGUUAUAAACCUUCACUUCUUCCCCCACCACACCAGAGACAAGAGCCAGGAAGUGAUAAGACGAGGACACGAAGGCAGACCAAGGUUUAGUGAACUGGUCCUGAGCCUACCCAGCUCCUUGCUGGCCAGGAAACCCUGCACCGGACGUCAUGGCAGCCAAGCCUAAGCUCUGGUACUUCCCUGGCCGGGGCAGGAUGGAGUCAAUCCGCUGGCUGCUGGCUGCAGCUGGCGUGGAGUUUGAAGAAGAAUUUCUUGAAACAAGAGAGCAAUAUGAGAAGUUGCAGAAGGAUGGGCGCCUGCUCUUUGGCCAAGUGCCUCUGGUUGAAAUUGAUGGGAUGAUGCUGACGCAGACCAGAGCCAUCCUCAGCUACCUGGCUGCCAAGUACAACUUGUAUGGAAAGGACCUGAAGGAGACAGUCAGGAUCAACAUGUAUGCCGAUGGCACUCUGGACCUCAUGGCGAUGAUCAUGAUGGCUGCGUUCAAACCCCCAGAGGAAAAAGAGGAGAACAUCGCUUUAAUUGUGACAAAAGCGAAAACCCGUUACUUCCCGGUCUUUGAAAAGAUUUUGAAAGACCAUGGAGAGGAUUUCCUUGUUGGCAACAAAUUCAGCUGGGCGGAUGUACAACUAUUGGAAGCUAUUUUAAUGGUGGAAGAACUCAAUGCUUCUGUUCUCUCGGACUUCCCUCUGCUAAAGGCAUUUAAAGCAAGAAUCAGCAACAUCCCUACAAUUAAGAAGUUCCUGCAGCCUGGGAGUCAGAGGAAGCCACCUGCGGAUAGCCGCUACGUUGACGUGGUCAGGCACGUUCUGCAGUUCUAAUGGCGGCAGGCCUCGCUAUGGUGCACGGCUGCCAUCAGCCACAGCCUCGCAUGUGCCGGAGCUCACUGUAGAUUCUAGGUGUAAAAUGUCUGGAAAGAGCAAAGCAGUACUGCCAUCAACAGCAAAUGCCAAUUAAAUGAAACAUGAGACCAUU